AUGGAUGUCAUAGCACACUUUUUGCGUCAUCAAAAGGGCGAACACAAAGCCGCAGGAUUCAGCGCAGAUCAACUCGCUCUUAUUUGUGAUCCAGAUCUAACUGCAGAGGGCCGUUCAAAUUGCCAGAAAUUCUCGGACAAUUUCUUGGAUAGCAGAUAUGUCACACACAUCUGGUGUUCACUCAUGACAAGAACGAUCUGUACGGCACUUUUAUGCUUCCAAAAAGCCAUAGCUAGAGGUGUUAAAGUUGAAGCUUUGGAAAUACUCCAGAAUUGGGAUACUUCGCCGAACGGCAUAGGAAUGGACAAAGAGGAUCUAUGCAAACAUUUUGGCGAACAUGUAGACUUCGAUAAAGUUGAAGAAGGGUGGAACGAUAAGUCUUCUGGUAUAUGGGCAUCGAACAAUAGAACAUCGAAUAUUCCUGCUCUAAAACUCGCGCUUAAUGACUUGCGAUUGAAUACCAACAUGGUCGAAGUCGUCAUAAUCAGUCAUGGAAGCGUCCUCGGAGAACUGACUAAUACAAGGGGAUGUUGGCGAUCUGGCGAAGUCUGCAGCUAUUUGAUUGGUGAUACCGGGAAACCUUGGUUCUUACUGGAUAAGAGUGACCUCGAAGAUUGUAGAUGCCGCCUUCUAAAUCAAAAUAUGACAUCGACAUCAGAUCGGGUCCAGCCCGAACCGCUGGGACCUUCAAGUCUCGCGGAGACCUUGACACAUAAGCAUUCUGAAUCUUUCGAGAAAGCUCCUGCAGUAAAAAUCAAGGUGGUUAUUCAAAUCGUUGCAAAGAACACCCCGAAAAAAGUCAAGGAGGAAUUACUGAAAACUUCGAAAAGAUGUGAGACUCACGUGGAUGCGUUACUCAAGCUUUUUCAGGAAGAAUCUCCGCCAACCAAAUUCGAGGGAGGUGACAUUGGGGACGUCAAAGGACCAAUAAUUGGAUCGAAGCAAGGACCAAUAACGUCCCAGGCGAGGAAGAUACCAAUAGCGAUUGGGAGGAUCGAAGAUCAUGAUCUUGCUAGAAAGACAUCUUUGAAAGUAGCAUAG